CCGGGCCAUGUCUUGGCCGUGGACCUACCUCGUAAUAUAUAGGGCAUGGGUAUAUGUACGGGCAGGUGCGGCGACCUUUGCCUUGUCGUCUCCUCCCCGACUUUGACUUGUCCCGCAUCGCCCUCAGUCAUUCAUUCCCUCUGCAUCUGUCUGUCUCUGCCCUCUCAAGGUCCCCCCCGGCCGACACUUUUGUUAGGUAGCCUUCACUCCCCGCAUCUCUCACCACGGCGACACCCUCUCCCUGUCGGCCCCCAUAACUCGCAUCGGCGAUGGCAGGCGCCCCAAGACAUCCACCCAUCAUGCGGAGCGUCAUACCCAUCAACCAGAACUGGCACUUCAAGCAGGCGGACAAGCCCGACGACGCAUACCUCCCUGUCGCGCAGUUUCCGACCAACAUCCACCUCGACCUCUUGCACCACGGGCUCAUCCCCGACCCGUUCCCGGGCAAGAACGAGCUCGACGUGCAAUGGGUCGGCGAGACGGUCUGGGUCUACCGGACUGCCUUUGCCACUCCCCCCGAGAAGAGCAGCGGGGCCAAGGCCGUGCUGGCGUUUGACGGGCUCGACACCUUCGCCACGGUCAGGCUCAAUGGCAAGACGGUGCUCGAGACGGACAACAUGUUCGUCCCGGAGAGGGUUGACGUCACGAGCGACUUGAGGGACAGCGGCGAGGAGAACGAGCUCGUCAUCUCGUUUGACGCGGCGUACUUUCGCGGGUGGAAGCUCGUGGACGAGCACCCGGAGCACAAAUGGGGAUGCUGGAAUGGCGACAACUCGCGGCUGCCGGUGCGGAAGGCACAAUAUCACUGGGGCUGGGACUGGGGCCCCGUGCUUCUAACAUGCGGCCCUUGGAGACCCGUCAACCUCGAAAUCUACCACUCUCGCCUCACGGACCUCUACGUCGAUGUCGAUGUUGAAAGCUCCCUCAAUAGCGCCAAGGUCGUCGCUCACGCCUCCACCGAGGGCGAGGCCUCUUCAGUUCGCUUCGACAUCUCCCUCGGGGACAAGACCGUGGCAUCAGAGACCGUCGACGUGGGCGGCCACGACGCCGUCGCAACCUUCAAGGUCCAGAACCCAGAGCUCUGGUACCCGAUCCGCUACGGCCAGCAGCCUCUGUACACCAUCAAGGCCACUCUCCUCGAUGGCCACCACGGCCGCGAGGCCGACAGCGUCUCCAAGAGGAUCGGCCUGCGCCGCGCCGAGCUCGUCCAGCGGCCGCUCGACGGUCAGCCCGGCACGUCCUUCUUCUUCCGCGUCAACAACGUGCCCGUCUUUUGCGGCGGCAGCGACUGGAUCCCCGCCGACAACUUCCUCCCGCGCGUCUCCCCGGAGCGGUACCGCGACUGGGUGCGCCUCGUCGCCGACGGCAACCAGUUCAUGAUUCGCGUCUGGGGCGGCGGCAUCUACGAGGACCAGGCCUUUUACGACGCCUGCGACGAGAUGGGCGUCCUCGUCUGGCAAGACUUUAUGUUUGGCUGCGGCAACUACCCUGCGUACCCCGAGAUCCUCGCGUCCAUCGAGCGCGAGGCGAGGGCCAACGUGAAGCUGCUGCGGCACCACCCGUGUCUCGUCAUAUGGGCUGGCAAUAACGAGGACUACCAGUUCGCCGAGCAGAAUGGACUCAACUACGACCCCAGCGACAUGGACCCGGACAGCUGGCUCCGCACCGACUUUCCUGCCCGCUACAUCUAUGAAAAGCUCCUCCCCGACGUCUGCAGCGACCUCAUCCCCGACACGUACUACCACCCGGGCAGCCCCUGGGGCGGCAGCCACACGACGGAUCCCACGGUCGGCGACAUCCACCAGUGGAACGUCUGGCACGGCUCGCAGGAAAAGUACCAGAACUUCGACAAGCUCGUCGGCCGCUUCGUGUCCGAGUUCGGCAUGGAGGCCUUCCCGUCCAUCAAGACCAUCGACGAGGGCUUCCUCGCGGGCGGCAAGACGGACCCGGACCGCUACCCGCAGUCGUCGACCGUCGACUUCCACAACAAGGCGGCGGGCCACGAGCGCCGCCUCGCGCUGUACCUGGUCGAGAACAUGCGGUACGCGCCCGACCCGAUCGAGCACUUUGUCUACUGCACGCAGCUCAUGCAGGCCGAGUGCCUGUCGUCGGCGUACCGGCUGUGGAAGCGCGAGUGGCGCGGGCCCGGCAGGGAGUACUGCGGCGGCGCGCUCGUCUGGCAGACCAACGACUGCUGGCCCGUCACGUCGUGGUCCAUCUGCGACUACUACCUGCGGCCGAAACACGCCUACUACACGGUCAAGCGGGAGAUGGCGCCCCUCUCCGUCGGCAUGGCGCGGAGGGAGAGGGAGCAGGAGCACCGCUCGCGCGGUAGCAGCAGCACAGUGGACGCCGAGGAGGAGGAGAAGAAGAAGCACUCGCGCGUGGGCAUCGAGCGCGAGGUGCGCAUCGAGAUUUGGGGCUCGAACCUCACGCUCGAGGACCUGACGGUCGACUGCGUCGUCAAGGCGUGGGACGUGGAGACGGGCGAGGAGACGUUUUCCAAGACGGUGUCGGCGGCGCAUCUCCUGCCGGCGAACCGCUCCACCGAGGUGGCCGUCCUGCCGGUGCCCGUGCGCAGCAGCAGGGCGUCCGGCAACGGGGAGAAGAGACUUGAGCAGGACCGCACCGUCGUGGCCGCGUACCUGUACCGCGACGGCAAGCAGCUCGCGCGCUACGUCAACUGGCCGGAGCCGCUCAAGUACCUACACCUGCAGAAGCCGCGGCAGCUGCGCGUGGCGCUGAGCGACGACGAGCGCAGCGUGCGCAUCAGCGCCGAGGUGCCCGUCAAGGGGGUCGCCGUGGAGUGCAACGACGACGACGGGGUGCGCUUCGACGACAACCUGGUGGACGUGGUGCCGGGGGAGACGGUGAGCAUCGGGGUCAGCGGCGCGAGCAGGGAGACGGUGUUUACGACGCAGUACUUGGGCAUGAUGGCCUGAGUGAGACAUGUGAGGUUUGGAGAAUCUGAGCCGGGUCGUGACGAUGGAUGGAUGGAUGGCAGAGGAUCAAGAAGUCGUGCGAUACAUGGCGACUAUUGACAAAUAACCAG